AUGGCGGAGCUUGCCGAGCGGUUCCGUCACAUGAUGUGCGAGACCAAGGCUUCUGUGUGGUGGAGUUUGAUAUUAGUAUUACCGGAUAUUGAGCAAUAUAAUGGCAUGGUCGGUCAUGGUGUUUGGAUUCCAGGUAAACUACGAUACGAUAUCUGCAUUCCUGGUGAUUUCACCUUGGUCACCAAGUUUAUCCAUGCCGACCAACAACAAACAGUUAGAAUUUUCGAAAUCAGCGUAGCUGCUGAGAAUUCGACAUGGGCGGGCAUGCUAGUUUACAGUGCAACACCCUCGGGCCGUCCUUGGGACAUGGGGAAACGCAAGCGGCUCAGAAUUCCGCGAUCUCCAGUGAGGCCCACGCUACAGCUCAUCAAAUCCAUUACUGAUACGAAUAUGGGGCCAGCUGCUGCAAUAUCUUGCACUCUUUAUCUAAAGCAACGACAGAAGAGGGAUAGAAAGGCUCUAGGGAAGCCUACGCAGAAAGAAGCUGCUAGUUGUUCAAUCUCCUUUAUUUGGAUGGCAAAACUGAUUGUGCACGUUAAAUAUUCAGAAGAAAUACGUAUACAGACGUUUCAAAUUCUCUCGGAUCCACCUACACAAGCGAACGUCGAAGCACCGGUCAAGGGCAAUCCGAGUAAAUUUACCGGAUAUCAUAGCAUCAUGGUACAAGAUCCUGACCUAUGCGCUUUCUUUCGAAAGUUCAGGCGAGGUUCCAAAGAACCCAUGGGAGGAACUCCCGCGACCGACAAUACAUAUUUCUCUCGACGGGUUAACGAACGCUCCACAGAUCCAUCCCAGAGUACGUCAAUCACCAAGUUAUGGAAGGAACCCUCCAUGGGUCCAGUCCACUCACCCCUCUGCAAAGCGGAGUUGGUAUCAUAUGAGCCCGCCCCCCACCCUGAUUUGUCUCAUAUCCAGAAUGUGAAGGAUCACGCCAACGGUGCCUCACCUGAUGAUCUGAUCUACACGCUCCAACGCUCUUCGCCGAGAUCUCUCCCGCAUUGUAAAUCAGGAGCAUCAUAUAUAGUAUGCACGAUCGAUUUCCGAAAACACCACUGGAGCUUGCAAUAUUCUCCUAUCAUGUUUUCCCUGAAAGGAGCAGUUCUGGAGAACCUCCUCGCUACAUGGAGAAUUCAUGGAAACUUUACUACGCUCUAUCUGGGAUGCACAUUUCAAAAUCUUCUUAAGCGGAGGGCAUAUCGCCACCGUGGGCCAGCUGCAUAUGCCAGAGCCGAAGUGGUCAUUUUAAGAGGCGAAUUCGCAAGUCCGUUAAUAGCCGCUAUCCUUGGAGUUCCUCGAGAAAUAGCGGCGGAUCUUGGGCUCAUCAGGAAGGACCUUGUCUGGAUGGGAGGUCGUACUUGGCUACUACAAACAUUGAUCGGGCUUCAUUCAUUCUGCAUGAUUGCCCGAAGCGUCUUCGCGAGAGCUCAUGUGGCGGUACUUCCGCCGUUGCACGAACUUAGAAGCGGAACUUUAAUGGCUGUGAGACCGAGUGGUGCAUAUGGUGCAAAUACCUAA